GGCGGCGGUAAUUUUUACAAACCGCCGUCAAGACCCAUGACCCUUCACCUCACUAUGAGGAAAAAUGGCUGCCUCCGUCCAAACCGUUGUAAGGGCAGUGGUCCGCAUCUCGCCUUCAAUGUUAUAUCCACUGCGACAAUUUAAGAGGAUAUCUAUGAGAAUCUGUCCAGCUAUUCGGCCACUUGCACUUCCAAGCCACUCUUUGUGCCAAGCAGUGACACUGCAGGAUGAGGCGGCGACCAAGGAAACCGAGGCACUCUCUCGCUACAAAGACAGACCGUGGGAUUAUCUGGAAAGUGAAGAGUACAUUGAGAGGUAUGGAGCCCAUCCAGUAUGGGCGGGUUACAGGAGGAACCACAAAGGAGGCAUUCCCCCACAGAAGACUCGCAAGACCUGCAUUAGAGGAGACAAGAUAUGUGGAAACCCCUGUCCAAUAUGUCGAGAUCCACAUGUGAUUAUUCAUCAUCAGAAUGUGAAGCUGUUGCAGCAGUUCAUCAGCCCCCACACUGGUGUGGUGUAUGAUCCCACUCGAACUGGUGUGUGUAUGAAACAGCAGAAGAAGCUGACUGAAGCAGUCAACGCUGCACGAGAUCAUGGCUUUCUUUCCUUUCAGAUUCCCUAUGUGGAUUUUGCAGGCGAAGAUUACUCCAAUGGCCAUGAUGCUGUGGGCUUCACACCGCCUGCCCCUUCUUUAACGACCGGUGACGACUGGUAUAAAUGGUAUGGUGAAAUCACACCAGACGAGAAGGAAGUUGCUCAAGUCAGGAAGACCUAUAAGGCUUAUCUAAAGCCAGGCACAUGAUUGAUGCCAUUUCUACCAGCUACGUAUAGUCAAUGAAAUAAGCAUGUGAAUCAUGGAUGUGAAUGUAACCCAAGAAAUCAAAGUUGGAAAAAAAAA